UCAACAUACCCCUCUCCACAGAGUGGCUUGGAGGUAAGGAAUAUUACUAUAAUUUGAACUGGAUUUGAAAUCUCAAAGAAAAAUAUUUUCCAAAAGCAGGGGGAAAUGCUGUACCCACAAUAAAAUGAAGCAUCUGACCUGUCACAAUGAAGCGCCUAUUUCAUUUGUUUGUACUCUCUCUCUUCACAACAUCUGUGUUUUGUGGGAUCAAAGACUUUAAAGAGCAUUUUGAAAGCGGUAAUGAAGCUAUAAAUCCCCAUGCGCCCCAUGACAAUGAAACACAUGAUAUGCCUAAUUUUCCACCAGAGUUUCAUAAAGAAAACACUAUAACCAAUGACUUGAUUGCUGAGGAAGAGGAAGAGGAAGACUACCUUGAAUGGGAAAAGAUAUUUGGUGAUGAUGAUUAUAUUGACAUAAUUGAUGCUCCUCUGCAUUUGGUUGCUGAAAUUCAGCAAGGAAAUAUUCUUGAGCUAUUCCAUGGUAAAACCAGAAUCCAGCGUCUUAACAUCCUCAAUGCAAAUUUUGGGUUCAACCUUUAUCGGAGUCUGAAGGACAGAGCUAAUUCUUCAGAUAAUAUUCUGAUGGCUCCUGUUGGUAUUUCCACAGCAAUGGCUAUGAUUUCUUUGGGGCUGAAGGGACAAACACACCAGGAGGUACUGUCUGUUCUAGGUUUCAGAGACUUCAUUAAUGCAAGCUCUACAUAUGAGAUUAUGACAAUUCACAACCUCUUGCGUAAAUUAACUCACCGGCUCUUCAGACGCAAUUUCGGUUACACACUGCGAUCAGUCAAUGAUCUUUAUAUUCGGAAGCAAUUUUCAAUUAUAGAUGAUUUCAAAAACAAUAUGAAAAAUUAUUACUUUGCCGAAGCCCAAUCAUCUGACUUCUCAGACCCUGCCUUCAUCACUAAAACCAAUGAGCGCAUCCUGAAAUUGACCAAAGGAUUAAUAAAAGAAGCUCUCGUGAAUAUCAACCCCACUAUGUUGAUGAUGAUUCUCAACUGUAUUUACUUUAAAGGAACUUGGGAAAACAAAUUUCCAGUGGAAAUGACAAACAAACGGACCUUCCGACUGAAUGAGAAAGAAACAAUAAAGGUUCCUAUGAUGCAGACCAAAGGAAACUUCCUGGCUGCUGCUGACCAUGAGCUAGACUGUGGUGUGCUCCAGCUGCCAUAUGUGGGGAACAUCAGCAUGCUAAUUGUGCUUCCAAACAAACUAUCUGGCAUGAAAGCACUGGAGAAACAACUGACCCCGCAGGUGGUGGAGAGAUGGCAAAAGAGCAUGACAAAUAGAACAAGAGAAGUCGUUCUACCUAAAUUUAAGCUGGAGAAGAGUUAUGACCUGACUGAUUAUCUGAAAUCCAUGGGAAUAGAAACAAUGUUUGACAAAAAUGGUGACUAUUCUGGAAUAUCUGAUGAUAAAGUCAUUAUUGAUAUGUUCAACCACCAAGGCACCAUUACUGUGAAUGAAGAAGGCACAGAGGCUGCAGCUGUGACCACGGUAGGGUUCAUGCCUCUUUCCACUCAGAUUCGCUUCGUCAUUGACCGCCCCUUUCUGUUUCUCAUCUAUGAGCAUCGCACCAGCUGCCUGCUGUUCCUGGGCAGAGUCGCCAACCCCAGCAAGUCUUAAAAACCGAAUUGUGUUCUGAUAACUGGAUUGUAUGAUUACAUUUUAACAUAGCAAUUUUGAAAGAAAUAUUUUACUUGUCACAUUAAUCAGCAAGGGUACUGUCAUUACACGACUCACCAUUUAGUAAAGGAAAAUGCAAUGCACGAGUCCAUUCAAUUUAUAAUGAUUAAUGCCAGGCACUGAUAUAGCUAUAUUAAACUCUCAUUAAAAUGACUGACAUUUAGUGUUAUAUUUCAGUGUAUUGCACUUAACCAGCAAAUACAAUGUUAGACCAGGAUUUUUAAAAGUGGACAUCUAAAAUUGAUCUCUUAAAUAUGUAUUUAGAAACCAACAAACAGGCAAGUAUAAGGAAGUGCUGAACUCCUCCCAGUUCUGAGGUUAUCUUUUUAGGUAUCUAAAUAAGGAUUUGGGGACUUAAAUUUAGGCAUCCAUAUUUGAAAAUGUUGCCCUCAACGCCAUAUUUUGCCUUUUGAUAACUCAUAGGCCAAAUUCACCCUGGAGGAAACUGGCACAAUUCCCAAGGAAGCCCAAGCCAUAUCCAAAAGCAAUCUAAAUGGAGGUGUAAGUAGUGAAGAAAGGAAAUUUGUACUGAUUUCACAUUCAACAGGCUAAUAAAACAUAACACUUACAAGGCAAUGAGGCAGAAAAGAAGAAUUGUAGAAAAAGUAAGGUACCAUUAGGUCUGGUUUUGACUUCAUACCAGUUCUAUACUGGUGUAAUGCCAAUUAUUUCAACAGUUAUUUCCGAGUUCCAGCAGUGUGAGAUCAGAGACAAAGUGUGCAAUUUGUACCAAUCUAUUUUGUCACCAAAAUUAGCCUAUUGUGUAUAGACAGACUCAGUGGGAAGUAUAAGAUCUACAACAUAGCUUAUACAGAAAAAGGUAUUUUAUACAUAUAAAGUAGACAAGGAAAUACUCUCUCCUCCUUUCCCAUUCCCCACACUUAAUACCUAAAGUCCUACAUCUUCCAUCACUCUUUAUUUUCCUCCCCCCCCCCUUUUUUUUUUAAAACAGAAAACAUGUAUGUAAGCAAAGCAUUUAAAGCAGAAAAUAAAGGUCUCUAAAGCUCACCUCAAGUUCAAUCUAAUGAAAUGUAGUGGGGAAAACCUGAUAAACUGUUGGUAACUUUUUCAGACUUUAUUGUAGGAAUAUAAACACGGUCUAAUUAUUCUCAUCACUGACGUAGAUGCAACUUACCUCAAUUCUAAAAUGCUACCAUUUGAUAGGAGGAACAAAUUUAUAUUUUUUUCUACAAACCAUCAAAGUAAGUAGAUGAACAACACAUGUAUUCACAUUUAAAAACUUCCCUUUUCUUUGUCCCUUUUAAGGAAUACACAUUAUAGUCUCACAAGUUUAUUGUAUUAUUUGGAAUAUCAAAUAUAAAAAAGUAAAUGUUUUAAAUAUUGAACUUUCCUUUGUUUUUUCUUAUGCUACUAGAGAAAAUAUGCAAUCUACUGAUAGUUAUUUUAUGGAUUUACAAGUCUUUCAUGAGGUUUUUAAAUGCAAUUUGUAAUUGAUCCUGUUUUGCUUUUACAUAGCGUGUGUCAUUUUGAAUUUUGUGCCAAACUAUAAUGAAGCUGUUUAAACAUUCAAGUAAAUGAAAAACAGGAGGGUGAAGAGCUGAUAUCAAGUAAUUACUCAACUCAAUAAAUAGUUUUUUCCCUUUUCA